CGUGUUUUAGCUUGGGCAAGAGAUUGAGCGCCAGCGCUGCCCUCAAUAUCUCAAAAGCUCCAAAAAGACAGCCCCCGAACGAACCAAUCCAAUGGGCAACUCUGCAUAUGUACCACCGGUGAAGGAAUCCAUCAUCUAUCCCACAUUUGAGGCCGAGCAGGGCAGCCUUGCCGGCAAGGCAUACGCGGUGACCGGCUGCACCACUGGGACCGGUUUAGUUGUUGCCAAGCUCUUCGCGAAGAAAGGCGCUGCGCGUGUCUUCCUGCUCAAUCGGCCGUCGCCGCGCGCCGAGGCGGCUCUCGCUGCGGUGCAGGCUGUUGCUGCCGAGGAAUGCAUCGUGACGCACGUCGAUUGCGAUUUGGCUGACUUCGACUCGGUGCGACAAGCUGCAGCACAGGUGGCAGCCGAAACGAAGGAGUCGGGCCUGGACGUCCUCGCCAAUAACGCAGGCGUCAUGGCAUUGGCGGAUAGGGCAACGAAGGAUGGCUACGACAUACAGAUGCAGACGAAUCACCUGUCGCACUUCCUGCUCACGAGGGAGUUGCAUCCGGCAUUGCAAAAGGCCGUCGAGCUCCGAGGAGAAGCUCGCAUCGUGAAUCAUUCGUCCUUUGCGCGCAACGGGCCGCCGGGCACAAAACUCACGGCUGAGAAUUGUAAGUUAUACCUGGGGAAGAAUGGCGGUGAUCUCGGCGGCGAUGGAGCCUCCAUGAUCUGCGGUGGUGCGCGAUGGGUACGAUACGCGUACACCAAGCUUGCCAACGUCUGCUUUACUCUUGCGUUACACGACAAGCUCGGCGACUCCGGCGUGAAAGCCUUGUGCGCGGCUCCCGGCCUCGUGGCGACAGAGCUCCAGGCGACGACCGCCCGUGACGGGGGCAUGGGGAGCGGCACGUGGUUCAUGAGGUGGUCGCAGAGCCCGGAAGACGGCGCGGUGCCGCUCCUCCACUGUUGUUUGUCAAGCGCUGUUUCGAGCGGAGAGCUCUGGGAGCCGAAAGGCGUCACGGGCCCGCCCGUCCUGAAGGACCCGCUCGAGAAAGUGUGCCUCGAGGCGGACCGCGACGCGCUGUGGGCGGCGUCGGAGGCAGCGGUCGGGGAGUGGGACUUGGACUUGUAGGAGCCGCGUAUCCCGAUUGAAAAGUGAUGUGCAUAGUGAGUAAUAUGAUUCGUCCGA